CUUCAGAAGGUGUACGAGUCCGGCCAGCUGCGGUGAUUAACUCGUGAACAAGUGUGAUUAUAUACAAUUUUACUGUGGGGUGUGAGCAACCCCGGUGUUUCAAGGAUAUUUUAAUCGUCAGAAUAGAGAGCUGGUUGGGAUAUUAAAAUUGUUUAUAUGAUUUCGUGAUAGAUUCAUUGAUAAAAUGGGUGGAUUGCUGAGUUAUUUUCGUAAUCUCCUCGGUAGCAGGGAGAUGAGGAUUCUUAUCCUUGGACUGGAUGGUGCUGGCAAGACGACGAUUCUAUACAGACUCCAGGUUGGGGAGGUUGUUACGACGAUACCAACGAUUGGGUUUAAUGUCGAGCAAGUUACGUAUAAAAAUCUCAAGUUCCAGGUCUGGGAUUUGGGAGGGCAGACGAGCAUUAGACCUUACUGGAGAUGCUACUAUUCCAAUACAGAUGCAAUUAUUUACGUUGUGGACUCAGCAGACAGGGACAGAAUAGGAAUUUCCAAGGAUGAGUUACUCUAUAUGCUCAGGGAGGAUGAACUCCAGGGCGCAAUCCUAGUGGUUUUGGCCAACAAACAAGACAUGCCAGGCUGUUUAAGUGUGGCUGAAGUUCACCAGGCACUUGGUCUAGAUGCUCUGAAGAACAGAACAUUCCAGAUCUUUAAGACAUCAGCGAAAAAGGGAGAGGGGCUCGAUCAGGCAAUGGAUUGGCUGGCGAAUGCACUGCAAAGCAGAAAAUGAUUCGAUAUGAAUAAAGAAAUAAUCAAUUAUUUAAACGAUGAAAGGGAAAUUUUUGUAAUCUUGCAUCAUCGAUGGAAAAAACACAUUGUGCGUGGGAUUCAGUUAUUUAUUGAUGAUUGAAUGGUUCAUUGAAUGAUUCGUGAUUAGUGAUGGCUUUGUGAGUGAAUGCGAUAGGUUUUGGGGUAACGUUACCCACUGGAAGUUAAAUCAAUAGACAAUAUUUUUCGUUCUCCACGUAAUUCUGAAGUUGAGUCGAGUUACAAGAUGAAUCCAAUAAUUCCUUAUGCAAUUAAAUUCUCUCCCAACAUCUUUAGGAUUCGUCUCCACCUCCUCUCAAUCUCAGAACUUUUAUUCUCAUUAUAAUUACUUUCUUAAUUAUGUGUCUAUUUUUUUCUAUCGAAUUAUUAUUGAAUGUGUGGGUGAUACUGAAUGCCAAAUGUGGAUUAGAUAAACUCGAUAAUAUAAUUCCUACUAAUCUUCGUGAAUUAAAUUGACAUACUGGGUAGAUUUUUGAUAAUCCAUUCCCAUAAAAAAAGAAAAAUAAAAAAAAACAGAUAAGAAAAAUCGGGCCUGCUGUAACAGACCAAAAAGGAAAUUCAAUUAAAGAACAAUAAUCAGUU